AGCCGGCAGGAAGCCUCCGUGGGCGCGGGGGCGCGGGCCGUGCUGCCCGCAAGCUGACCUUCCCGGGCUGGGAGGGAAGAGCGUUGGCUGCGGGUGGUGGGCGGCUGGGCGGCCCCGGGAGCCACCGCUCUCCGCCUCUCUAGGAGCAGCUCCCGUCGCCGCGUCCGGAGCCCCUGACCGGGCCCAGCAGCCAUCGUCCAUUAUAAGACUGAACAGGAUGACUGGCUGAUCAUCUGCCUGAAUAAGCGCCCAGCAGCCAUGGCCCACUAUAAGACUGAGCAGGACGACUGGCUGAUCGUCUACUUGAAGUACUUACUCUUUGUCUUCAACUUCUUCUUCUGGGUCGGGGGAGCAGCCGUCCUGGCUGUGGGCAUCUGGACCCUGGUGGAGAAGAGUGGCUACCUCAGCGUCCUGGCCUCCAGCACCUUUGCCGCCUCCGCCUACAUCCUCAUCUUUGCGGGCGCACUUGUCAUGGUGACCGGCUUCCUGGGCUUCGGUGCCAUCCUCCGGGAGCAGAAGGGCUGCCUCUCCACGUAUUUCUGCCUGUUGCUCGUCAUCUUCCUGGUUGAGCUGGUGGCGGGAGUCCUGGCCCAUGUGUAUUACCGAAGGCUGAGUGAUGAACUGAAGCAGCACUUGAACCAGACUCUGGCUGAGAACUACGGGCAGCCUGGAGCCACGCAGAUCACCGCCUCAGUAGACCGGCUCCAGCAGGAUUUCAAGUGCUGUGGAAGCAACAGCUCAGCCGACUGGCAGCACAGCACGUACAUCCUGUCACGGGAGGCCGAGGGCCGCCGGGUGCCCGACAGCUGCUGCAAGACAGUGGUGACGCGCUGCGGCCAGCGGGCCCACCCCUCCAACAUCUAUAAGGUGGAGGGAGGCUGCCUCACCAAGCUGGAGCAGUUCCUGGCCGACCACCUGCUGCUCAUGGGGGCUGUGGGCAUCGGGGUGGCCUGCCUGCAGCCUGUGGAUACAGACAGAAGGGCUGGCAGACAGGACUCCCGGGGCCUGGGCUUGGUGCUGCAUUCUACACUGAUUGACAGGGUGAGCUCACCAGCUCUUAUCAUUUUAUGCUGACUGACAGGGUGACAGCUCAGCGGGCUCCUCCCAGAGUCUCAGUUUCCCCCAUGGUUCCUGUACACCAGCCAGAGCAUCGAAGAUGGACCUGAGUUUUGCUCUGGAGUCCAAGGACAGCAAAACGCAGGCAGACUCUUUCCUAGAGAGACAGUCCACUUCAGACAGCUCUGGUGAGGGAGUGGAAAUGUUACUCUCAGGGCCUAAUUAAAUCAGGCCGUCUCUGGAGAUCUAGGACCACAGACCAGCAGCAUCAACUGGGAGCUUGCUAGGAAUGCAGACCCUCAGGCUGCCACCACGCCUGCAGAAUUGUAAUAAGGAGGUCCCCAAAUGAUUCAUGCCCAUUAAAGUGUGCAAAGCCCUACUCUUGGAUAGUAGAUGGCAGAAUGUGGUUCCCCCAUGCACACCGCCAUCACCUGGGAGCUUGUCAGAAAUGCAGAGUCUCAGGCCCCACCCUGACCUUCUGAGCAGGAAUCUGCCCUUUGUCCAGGCCCCAGGGGAUUCAAGUGAGCAGCACUGCUCCAGGGCCCUGGGGGCCAGCAGCUUCCAUGAGUUCUGAUCUCUCUUUGCUCCUCUGCUCUCUCCACCUGGCAGAUCUGCGGGAUGGUUCUCACCUGCUGCUUGCACCGGAGGCUCCAGCGGCAUUUUUACUAAUGGCCAACCACCUCCUCUUCCAACUGCCCCUCAGGACGACAGGUGGCCACAUGCCAUCUGCAAGGCCUGCAGAGUUAGCACCAGCUCCACUAGGGCCAUAGAUGCCCCCUCUUUUGUGCCCAGCUCCUGCAAAUCCACCAAGUGCCUGAGACCAUAGCUUCUACUGUGCCCACCCAGGCAGGGACCCUCGGCCCCCUCUCCUCCAUUUUCAGCCCCCAUGGCCAGAUCCUGGGCAGGGAAAUGAUCCUUUCAGGAGACAACCAGAGCCCGUCACCAGGCACAGGGGCACCCGUGGACUACGGGAUGGUGGCAGUUGAGUUCUCUGCUCCCUCCCAACCCCUGAACCUGGAACAAUGGGCAGAAAACCCAGGAACCCCGGCACUCCUGCAUUCAGCAGGGGCUUCCCUCGCCCAUGCUCAGAAGCCCUGACCUUGUUGUUUCUGAAAAAUGCAUGGGUGGGGCAGGGAGGGCUGCCCGCCCCCCCCAGCCGGAAGACCUUGCCCUUUGACCUGCCCGCUCUCCACACUGCCUCACCUGGAAAGCCAUGUCCUGCUGGCCUCACUCCUUCCUGCAGGGCCUGGGAGUGGGGAGGCCUGGGUAGGGCAGCCACAGGCUGGGUAGAGCUGCCCUGGCAGGAAGCAGGGGGUAAGGUGGCCACACCAGCACAUGCUGCACCAGGAGCAGAGCCCUGCACCUGCCUAGCAGCCUUCCCGGGAGAAACCCCCUGGGAGACCAUGGCCCCAAGCCCUGGCCUCUAGUGAUAUGCCCCCCAGGGAUCUCCUGUUCCGGGGCCUGAUUCUCAGGAACACCAGGUUUGCAGACCAUCUUCAGUUCCUAAUGUUGGUGGGUGUCAAACAUCUGGAGUGGACCAACUCGCAGCCCUGCAAAGUUGGAGCCGCUGAGAAGCAGCAGCUCUGAAUAGAGGGGCAUCUGCUUGAACCUCACUUUUCCUGGGGCCCUCUCCUUGACCCCGUGGCCACCGCACUGCUUCCAGGGGGUCCCGCUCUGCUUCCCUUCCCACCCAUCCUAGAGUGCACAGAGUUUUUCCCCCAGGUUCUCUCUUGCAUCACUAAACUCAGCAGGGAAUUUUCAGGAAGAACUUUCCCCAGUAAUAAGGGAGAACGGAAAGAAAAUCCUAGAAAAUACAGAGUAUCCAUGCUGGCAGCUUUUUGUACAACACCCAUAGGGACCCCCCAAAUGGCUAUUACAAGGGGGCAGCGCAUUCACUACACAAGAACACCAUACCUGGCUUCCACCCUCCCCAGGUCCUACACUUCUCCCCAGAGCGGGACCCUCUUCCCCUCUACGAAGGGGGGCACCUUGUGCUAAGGCCAAGACAGAGAGGGGUCCCAGCUCGCCUCCCUGCUUGAUCCAAAUUCCACUGUGGUGAGCACAUUGCUGACCUAGGCCAGUCCUGGGGCAGGGGUGCGCUCUCUCCCAGACAUAGGAGUGGCCUCAAGGCCACGCAGUGCUGACCCCAACAGAGCCCUGAACUGUCCAGAAGCUGCAUCCUCAGCACAGGAAGUACCCACAUGGACAGAGGGAAACCCAGCCUCGGGGCCGGUUGCCUCCUCUUCUCUGGGUGUUGUCCAGUGGCUUCUUGGAGCCUAGGCUGGUUUAUCUCCCCUGCCUAAAAGGCCCUGGAGUUACCAGUGCAAAUUCAUUAAAAGGAAGACCAGAUAUCCCAGACUGCACAGGGCAGAGAGAAAUGGUGUAGUGCAUGAUUCGCGCUGCUCUCCAACCUCCUGGAAUUCGUGCAGAUAAUCGAAAACUGGCUGUGACUCCCAGGCUCCCUGAAGGAUGAGAUCACAACUGACAAAUCUUACUACAGAGGGAGAGUGGAGAGAGAGGGGGGGUACUGGGCUAGAGCCAUGUUCUUCCUGCCGGGGUGCCAAGGGGAGGCGGCAGUGGGCAUGGGGUGCUGGGGCCUUACCUGUCUGCCCUAGUGGGGAUGAAAGACAGGUGGCAGGCAGGUGCCCUGUGCGCAGCCUUGUCACUGAAGGCAGGCCAAGGAGAGCCUGCCCCAUCUGCCCCAGCCCCAUGGGAUAGUUGGUCCAGCCUUACUGGGGCAGGAUUAGCUGUGAUUCCUGCCCUGUGUGUCGUCCAGCCAGACUGCCUCUUAGAGAAUGGCUUGUCCAAGCUGCAGACAGUGGUAGAACAACCCAGGGCCUGGAAAUCUGACCUCCUUGUCCAUGCCAACAGCCUGGGAGAUCAGACAGGGUUAGAGGAAAUGGAGGCCCAGGAUAGGGCAGGUUCUGCCUGGGAGUGUACAGUGGCUGGAGUCCAGAGCCAACCAUGUGGUUCCCAGUGGAGUGUGCCCUUCCUGCUGACCAGGGUACAGCUCCAUGUCCAGUUCAGUUCCUCCGGGGCCCCUGUUUGGAGGCUGGUACAGCCUUGAGUUCCUUGGAGAGAGAGGACAUGCCUGUGGAAUGUCACCAUCAGUCGUGUGUGGGCAAAAGGUCCCUGCACGCCAGGGCCCCAGGAAAGCAGCAUCAGGAGCUGGGAUCCCACCCAGCUGGCCUGGGCACAUCCUUGCCCUGCACACACCAUGCUGCCCUUCCCUAAGCUUGCAGGGGCAGACACCAAGGGAGAAGGGCGCGUCCCCGAGUCCCCCGGGUGACCUGUGUCAGGACAGCCAGCAAAAAUGAAACGUGGCCUUGGCUGAGGGGGUGGAAAGUUUGUGUCCAUUCUCUUUCUCCCUCCUGCUUCCCUAACCCUAGCCCCAUGUCCAGGGCCCCUCAGGCAGAGUAAGUGAGGAGUGUGUCCAGGCAUGUUUUUGUGUUUACCAAGGUCCUGCCGUGCACUUAGAAUCUGUCACCAUAAAUACUUAUCUUGCAGUUACCCUAGUAAGAGGGCAUUACUUCCCCCAUUUUAUAAAUGAGGAAGUUAAGGCUGGGCAAAGUUAAGACUUGUCUGUCAGUGGUCAUGGCAGUUGUCUUGCCACCCCCAGCCAGGGAGAAGGAAGGAAAGCUGGGCCGGGAACCCCUCUCCUCAGUGUCCCCCAGUUUUCCAUCUCCAUAAUGAGCCAUCGGGCUGUCAGUAAGGAACAGAGUGUCACUCGGGGGGCACUGUCACAAAGCAGCACCCGUGGCACAUGUGCCGGAGAUGCGGAAGCCUGGCUCAUUUCAGGCUGACAGCUGGGCCCUCCGGGUACAGGGGCUCAGGCAGCAGCCAGGAGCCCAAAGCGCCAAGGCUCAUGACGACCACCCAGCCCAUCACCCCAAGUAGCAACACUAACCCCAAAGCAAUAGCAGGGACUGUCCCUCAGCCCUCAGGGCCUUCAUGCAGAGUGCGGAAUCUCAUGUCCACAUGGAGGUCACCCCUCAGGUCACACCCACUUCCGGAGCCACCCUGGGCAGGCAGGGAGGGACACUCUGAGGAUGCGUUGACCACCUCCCCUUCAGGUGAGGCCCUUUUCUGCCUGCUUUCUAGCCCCCUGCGUGGAGCACCUGCUGUUGCUGGGGCUCUGGGGUGGACCCUGUGUGAUUUCUCUCAGCGAGCCUGUGCUGUGCACGGCCAGAGGUGUUUACAUCCAGAAGGGCCCAGCACGGCCCUGUGGGGUAUGGGGGGAACAUGGUAGAUCACUGUGAUGUGCCUCGGGGCCCUCCUGCCCUGGAGCCAGCUGUGGUUUCAGAAUCUGCUACUUGGGCCCUCUUCAGGGUUUUGAGGCUGGAGAAGUGAGUUGGAACAGUCGCUGUCAUCACCGCCCACCCUGUCACCCACCUGGAAAACAUGCUGAGGUACUGGCCACUCUGGGGCUGAGGAGGGAAUGCCAGUCUUUUGCAUGGCUGCUGGGCCAGGCUCACAUCCACUGAGGGUAUGGUGACCAAGCGUCUAAACCAGUCGUUCUCAAACUUCAGUGAGUAUCAGAAUCACCUGGAAGGGCUUUUCCAAACAGAUUGCUGGCCCCACCCCCAGAAUUUCUCAUCAGGAGGGGGCAAGACCAAUCCUUUGCAUUUCUGACAAGUUCCCAGGAGCUGCAGCUGCUGGCCCUGGAACCACACUUUGAGAACGACUGCUUUAGACCAAACCCUAAAGGAAGAUGCAGCCACCCUCCUUUAUAUGUCACAACGCUCAGGGUUCACGAGUACCUCAGGCUGUCCAGCUGAGCUCCACCUGCAGCAGCCGAGAUUCCCGACUCACUCCACCACUGGGGGCUGGGAGUGAAGCAUGUCACCAUGGUCAGCUGAUGGCCAGCCAGGAAAGCGUCUCUGCUGUGCGUCUGUGCAGUGCUUGCUCUUCCCUGGAGGACUUUUGCAUGGCCUGUAAUCUUGGCCAGGAGACCAGGUGCCUGGGUCCCUUCCUGGAAGGGGACAAGUUACACACCCCAGCCCCAUUUUCCCACCAACUUCUACGUGCCUUGGGAGAACCUGCUACAUUCUGGCUGCUCCCUUCCCCUAUUUCAGCAGUGCCCAGCCCUGCUUAUAAACCUGAGGCUUGCUCCGCAUGCCCUGCCCUGUGCAAGUGCCAGCCAUUAUUCCAGACAGCCCAAUGUUGGUGAGGCCGGAUGGACUCCUGGAACCAGCUGGCCCAUGGAUGUGGGUCAUCACAGUAUUCUAGAAACGGAUGUCUUAACCUAGUGUGUAUAGAGAAAUUGUUCUCGUUGUAAACAUACCCCUGUUCUUACCUGAACUCGGUGGAAGCCCAGCUUCGUGUGCUACGGGGCAUGAUAAUGAUAAUAAAGGAAUUGUAUCUAGGACUA